AUGUGCCGCGAAAGGUCUUCCAUCUGUUCGAGGGGCCUGAUGGAGACUGGGGGGGAGGCUGCUUACCGGCAAAAGUGCAAAGCCCUGAAGGAGGAAUAUGACACUUUGCACAAGAGGUAUGCGGACUUGACAGCGGCUCACAGUGCACACAUGGCACGCCUGGAGCUUUGCCAAGAGGAACUACAGCGGCUCAAACAGGGGGCCGAGGAGGCACUAGCUGAGCGCAACGCUGCCCUGCGUGACCGCACAGGCCUGCAGCAGCAGUGCACAGCAGCCAUUCGCCAGUGGGACAGUGCACUGCGUGAACGCAAUGAGGCCCGUGACCAACUUGCCAAGUGCGUGCAGCAGCAAAGGGAUGCCAUGAAGGAGAUUAACCAAGCCAUGGCUGUGCGCAUCAAAGCCUCUAAGGACCUGUCUCGCCUAACUGAAGAGCGUAAUGCAGCUGUUCAGGAGUACACCUUGAUCAUGUCGGAACGGGAUUCUGUUCAAGAGAUUGAACGGUUGCAGGAGGAACUGCAGGAAGCACAAAGCAAAGCACGACAAACUGAAACUGCCCACAAAGCAUCUCUUGAUGAGAUGGAGGGCCUAAAGCGAGAGAUAGCUUCUGCCCUUCAAGACAGAGAUCGUGCACUCAAAGAGCUGAGCGAUCUACGAGAGAAGCAAGCCGAGUGCAACCAACAGUCUAGUUCAGAAGAUGCUAGCCGAGCGGAGGCAGUGCGCAAAGACUCAUUGCCAUCCUCCUUAGCAGAUGCUGAGCAAACCAAUCAAGAAAUGGAAAACCUUCGCCGGAACAUGGAACGUCUGCAGGUGGAGCUGGCUGAGGCACAGCAGGAGGCCGAAGUGUGCAAACGACGUCGAGAUUGGGCUUUCAAUGAGCGAGACAAGAUAGUCCUAGAGCGCGAGAGUAUCCGCAGCCUGUGUGACAAGCUACGGCGCGAGCGGGACAGGGCUGUUAGUGACUUAGCCGAAGCUCUCAGGGACUCGGAUGACAUCAAGCGACAGCGCAAUGAAGCAUCCAAGGAACUCAAGGAGCUCAAGGAAAAAAUCGAAGCCCAGCUGGAGAAGGAAUCAAGAAUGAAGCAACUCAAUUCAGUAGGCAAUAAUCAUAGCAGAGACUCUGCCAUCGACACGGAUCUUCAGGAAUGGGAGACUGAAAUCAAGGAAGUCCACCUUAGGUAUGAAGGUGACUUUGGCUUUGACAUCAGCGGUGGCAAGAAGACAUGCGCUGAGCCUUCUGUUGCGUACUUCUAUGUCAGCUCAAUUCUCAAAGGAGGAACUGCAGAGGGAAAACUCUUGGUGAAUGACGUCAUUCUCAAAGCCAAUGGUCUUGAUGUGGCUGGAAUGGACAAGCGAACUCUGUGUGAUACUGUCCAAAACUCGAAGGGAUCUCUGACUCUGGUUGUGAAAAGAAGAAGAGCCAUGAGCAGUCGGGGAGUCAUUAUGUUAAGCCUGAACUUGGGCAGCUCUCAUGAACAUGGGAUCACCCUGGAAAAUGGCCUUUACAUCACCCGUAUUGGCCCCGGAUCAGUAGCCGCUCGAGAGGGAACUCUAGCGGUUGGUGACAGAAUACUUUCUAUAAAUGGCAAACCAGUGGAAGACCUCAGGAAAGCCAUGGAGUGCUUAGACAAUGCAGAUUCCGCUGUUCAGCUCCAGGUUGUGAAAAAUGCUGUCUUCAGCAGUUCGCCAUCGAGCUCCACUGCCAGUGGCCACAACUUCUCUGAGAAGCUUGAACGGUCACCUCUUGCUCAUGGGUCUCCCCCAGCACACCAGCGUGAGGAAAAGUCUUUUGUCUCAUGCUCAGUGCAGACAGACACACUACAUGAACUUGGAAACCACACCAAAACGUUGACCUUAAGCAGCCGGAGCAGUAAGUCAGGUGGAGCGUCAGAGAGAGCCUCUGUCGGUGUUCAGCCAACACUCCUGGACAAAGCGUACAACAAGAUCUUUGGUGAAAAGCGGGUCUCCAAGGAGAAGAAGGCCCUGCUGCCUGACGAGAAAGGCCCCAUUGAAGAGUUGGACUCGAUGCUGGAGUGCUACAGCAAAACUGGCGGCAAGCGCUCUUCUGGCAGACAACAGCAGGAACAUAAUGGGGGCACAUGGCCCAAGUACCGGGGACCUCCACUCCAGCUAGGCGAGGCCGGAGUGGCCAGCACACUCCAACCUCACAAGCGACGGGAGCGUAAGUCCCUGGCAUCCUUUACAAAACAGCUGCAAGUUCCCUCCUAUGCAGACUUCCCUGCUGAGUUAAGCUCCCCUUCUAGUGGCAACUGCACCUCAAGUUCAGGUUCCUAUGCAUCUCCAGGCAGUCCCCCAAAGGCUCCCACGGGUGUCCAGCAGAGUUCAGAGCGGGUUCCGCUGCAUUAUGCAGCUGGCCUGCCUGAAGACCGCCUGGACUACUCAGUGGUGUCUGCACACAAGGAUGUCCUUGAAAUGUAUCAGCAUCGAGGAGGCUUGAAGAGUCGGCCCCACUCGGCCCACUACCCUCGCGAGGCCUAUGCCAAGCCUGUCACGCCCUAUGCUGAUGUCCUCCUCUCUGGCCAUGUACAUCAAAGCCUGCGUGCAAAUGUGCCUCUGUACCCGCAACCACGAGGCCACCAGCAUGCCUACUACCCGACAUACAUUUCACGUAGUGGGGACUCGCUCCUAGCAGGUGACGGGGCUGAGAGCUUGCGAUAUGGACCAUUGGGUGGGACAAAAGGGGAUGGCCGUUAUACGCCGUCUCCAUGUCCAUCCCAGUACAGCUUUUCAGGCACUUCACCAACUCACAGCCUGGACUUCCCCCAACAGUUCCAACCUGUUGCACCAGCCCCUAAGCGCCUCGUGCCCACACAUGUGCAUGGACCUUUUCGUCCCGAAGAGACUUACCCACAACCCUCAUAUGAUGGUUUAGCUACAUUUCCAAAGCGGAACCAACGCAUACGGAUCCCAUCAACACCAAGUGUCACUUCAAAGUCAUCGGCAGGAAAAGUGUCUACAAGCUCAAUAGAGAAGGCCCCAUCACUCACUGAUCGUAGCAGCCCAAUGCCAGCUUUUACAGUGGAAUUGCUGACUCCCAAUGGGUCUCGGGCCAUCACUGAGCUUAGAGGCCGAAGACGACCCAAGCCCUGGUGACAUGCGAAGGAUAGUGAU